AUGAAUACAAAUGGGAUCUCGAAGGACCCUGAGAUCCCGCAGGCUCCUUCGUCCGCCACAUCUGAAACUCACGAAGAAGCGUGGGAGGACGUUCAAGAUUUGAACUAUGUUCGCCCUGCGCUGAGGCCCGCACGCGGCGGCAACCCCCGUCGACGAAGAGCUGGGUACAAGACAACCCUCGUCGCGCAGACUGCACCAUCUCGCAAGGCAGCGACGUUAAGACCUCUGCAUCAGGACGCAGCGGAGCCACCAGUAAUCGACCAGCACCAGGUGCGGCGCGCCCUGAGGGUCGUGGCAGCGUUCACAAUCCGAUAUGUGGGCGACGUCCUAACCACCGCCGUGCGCCUCUUGCGUAAACCACUGGGAAUCCUCCUUUUUAUCUGGAUUCUUGGUGUUCUCUUCACCACACUGAAUCAUACAUUCCGCACCGUCUUCUCCCCAUUCUGCAUUAUCCCGGGUAUAUCUCGUUCCGCUCUGUGCAUCACACCACAGCCCAAUGGCGGGAAGAAGCAACAUUCAGUUGAUUUCGGGAGGUUGAUGGACGUGCAGGGUUCUACCUUUGAGCAACUGCUUGAUGACUCUGUGGACAGCUCAGGCUUGAGUCUCGAGAUCAAGAAAGCCGAAAUAGCCACAAGCGACCUAAUCGUGGUAGUUCGCGCAAGUAAUCUGAAAAGCAAGGAAUUAUUGGCGGAUACCUUGGCUGAAUUUCACGAGACGGGUAAGAAGGCUGGCCGAGGCUUGCAGACAUUCGCAGCCAAGACGGCAGGUGCAGUAGACAACAUCAUGGCCGUUAAUGACUUCGCUAUGCGACAAAUUGAGGCGGCUAAUGUCAAACCUUCGGCCUUGAGCAUUGUGUGGCCCUUCUCCUCCCGUCCCCAAACUAAGGAAGUGGUUCUGCGGACAUUCCGUGCAGCUAUGGAUGUUCUUGCGACCAAUAUGCAGCGACUGAUCAUCGAGGCUGAGGCGAACCUGCUGAACUUAGACAGACUCGAAGAAAUUCUCGUCACACUGCAUGACAUCGUCCAUCGAGAGGACGCGUCUAUCUCAUCUGCACACAGCGAACUCUUGUCCGAGCUCUGGACCAAGUUGGGCGGGAAUAAGCGCGAAGUUCGCAGCCAGCGGCAGCAUCUCAUGCUUCUGCGGAACCUCACUGCUUACCGGAGUCGUGCGCUCGCUCAUGUCGUAGGUGCCUUGCAGACCCUGCAGGCUAUGAGUGCCGACUUGGAAGACCUGAGAGAGAGAGUCGCUGCACCAGAGCUCAUGGGAGAGCAUAUUCCCCUGGAGGUGCACAUGAAGAGCAUUGGGAGCGGUAUCGAGAGGUUGAAGGAAGGGAAGAUGAAGGCAAAGGAACGGCAGGUGCAGGUUUUGCGCGGUAUCUUGGGCACGGAGGAUCUCGUGGACUGA